GACCUUAAGACGUGCGUGUUAACGUUUUGUUGCAACGACGUUUUGGGUCGAUUCGACGGUGGUGGAGGCGCGGCUGAUCGCCGAUGCGGCGGCGAGUGGCGAUCGCGAAAAAUGGCACCUACGCGUGUGAUUUUGAUGUCGUGCGGCAGCUAUAACCCGCCGACCAACAUGCACCUGCGAAUGUUCGAAAUUGCUCGAGAUCAUUUGCAUCGAAUGGGAACACAUAUUGUUGUUGGUGGAAUAAUUUCUCCAGUACACGAUGCAUAUGCCAAAAAGGAACUGGCUAGUGCGACACACAGAUGUGCUAUGCUACGAUUGGCAUUGCAGAAUAGCGACUGGAUACGGCUGAGUACAUGGGAGACUAAGCAGAAUUGCUGGACCAAGACUCGUUUGUCUUUGCAACACCAUCAAAACCUGCUUAAUUCCAUAUUAUCCAAUUCCAAUGACAUCAAACAUCACUUGCAGAUAGAAGAUACAGAAUGGAUUCCAGAAAAUGUGAGAAACAGCUCAGAUAACACACCGAUACAAAUCAAAUUGUUGUGUGGUGCAGAUCUUUUAGAAAGUUUUGGCGUUUAUGGACUUUGGCUCGAAGAAGAUAUUGACACAAUUGUUGGCGAACAUGGUCUCGUAGUUAUCACCAGAGAAGGUUCCAAUCCCAAUAAAUUUAUCUAUGAUUCGGACAUUCUGUCCAAGCAUAUGCACAAUAUCUGUAUUGUCACCGAGUGGAUUCCAAACGAAGUUAGUUCAACAAGAAUCAGGCGAGCUCUGAAGCGCAGUGAGAGUGUCAGAUACCUGCUGCAGGAUUCCGUUAUCGAUUACAUCUAUAAACAUGAAAUCUAUGAUGCGAGAGUGCCAGACACCACAAUUAAGUUGGAACUGCCAUCGCCGAUUUCGAAUAAUUAUCUGCACAUAGAUCCCCGAUACUUAACCGCGUUCCUAACACCGUCGCCCACUGAUGUGACCAUGGACUCGCCGAGCCCGGUCGAGAUCGUUGCGUCCAUCGAUGUGCCGGAUGCGGUUGUGCUGCGUAAAAAUAUGCAGAAUGCAAGCGGGCUCGACGAGGCCCGCGAGCAGUUCAUUAAUAGCGUGAUCGGCGGUAACGUCGACAAUGGUAAUGUCAAGCACGUAGCUAGAGCCGCGUAUCCUGGUCAAGCGAAACAGGUCAUCGCCAGCAAAACCGGCGUCUUGCGAAUCGUAGACGAGGUAGGUCCGCUCGAUGAGCCGACGGCGAAGUUACAGCUCGGUCCUUCGUCGGGGGAAGGUCAUAAGCCGACGAUAGACGGCGAUGCGAAGGGUAAAACUGAGAUUGGACAGAGGGAAGUUUCGGAUUCCAGUUUGCCCGACGAUCGCAAGAUAAUAUUGAAGGUGCAACCCAAUUCUUCUAGCGAGCCGAAACAAGCUCGUAAGUCAUCGACAGAAAGUUUGAUAAAAGGUAAAACUGACAUUGGGCAGAGAGAAAUAUCCGAUUUGAGGUCUAAAACGGAGAUUGUUGAUGUAGAUUUAAUUUUGAACAACAGUCGCGAGAUUCAAUCUAGUUACUCGAAUUCCGGCGAGCUUCGAUUGGGAGAAUGUUGUUGGCCGACAAGAGAAAACACUGCGAAUGAUAAGAUAGAAGUUUGUGAUCGAAAGGUAAUUUCUGAGACGGAAAUAAUCGACAUACAGUUAGGUUUAGAUCAGAAAAGUACGCUUGCGCCGAAAGAAAAACGUAGAUCGGUAGAAGCGAUUGGUAAUGAAAUAAAUUCGGAUCAAUUUAGUUUUAGCAAAGCUGCCUCAGAGAUCAGUUCUGGAUUGAAUGUAAAAAGCGUCGGAAAAGAGAAAAUUGACAAAGAGGUUAAUAUUAAGAAAGAAGUAGUUAAUAUAGAAUUAGAUGCUGACGGUGUCGUCAAGAUUCAACCUGCUCACUCCAAUCGUAGUAUAAUUGCGUUGAAUGAAGAUCGAAAAAGUAGAUAUAAAGACAAUGUAGAACCGAUUAAGAUAGAUAAAAACGAUACGGAACAAACUAAACUUAGUUCAGAAAGUAUUAUGAAGCAUGACGUUGAAAUCGGCGAUAUAGAUGCCAAUUCUAAAAAGGAAACAACCAAUUUCGAGUUGGAUAAAGUCAGACAUCUAGAAGUCAAAACGACGACUUUGUCACCGCCGCUUGACGGUCGUCAUGAGUGUGCUCUCUCUGAUUUUGGCGUGGAUAAAGAAGACUAUCGGCUUACUCAAUACGGUUUGAACGGGAAUGAAAAAGUCGAGGAAAAAUCUACGCAUACCGCUAGAAAAUUAUCGAAACAUGCUGACGAAAGAGACGAUACAUUAGACGACGUAGAUGAUUUUGUAAAUGAUAGCGAGAUUAGUAGCAAAAAGAGCGACGCUCAAUUAUAUAAAAGUCAAGUAUUGGUUAGCGCGAUGAUUCACAAGAGCCACGAGGGAGAAUCUGAAUGUUUCAUCCCCGGAGAAAUCGAUAAUCGUGCAAAGUAUUCUGAAGAACUAGACCGAUCAAAGUUCAUCGUGGAAAGGUUACCUUUAGAGGCAGAAGCAGAUAGUAAAAUCAAUAUUUUAAGCGGCGAGAGAACGGAGAGAGAAUCAGCGUUUGAUCAGCGUUCUUUGCGGACAGGAUCUUACGAUUCGAGCCUCGAGAUAGAUGGUAAGUACCUGAAGUCGAUCGUGAACGCUCGCAAGAGUCCGAGAAAGAUCAGAGAAGAUCAGAUUUGCGAUGUCGAAAUCAAGAAGCAGCACCGAAUCGUCGACGAUAAACAGCCAUUCCCAAGUUCUUUCAUGAAGACGAAGAGUCUCGAAAUGAUCAAGAAGGAAGAAAUUUGUAAUGUAGAUAUUGAUAUUGUGAAGAAGGCUCAAACUGCCAACGAUCGAGAAGCAUCUCGUACGGAAAAAGUCUCCCAAGGCUCUUCAAGAUCGACCUCCAUGAAGAUGAAGAGUUCUAGAAAAGUUAAAGAGCUCGACGGAAGCGAGCGCGAAUUCAAAGAUCAAGAUAAUUCCAUUAACGAUCGAGAAAUAUUUCGCGCGGAGAAAGUCUUCCAAAGUUCUUCAAGGCCCAUUUCAAGAUCGACUUCCAUGAAGACGAAGAGUUCCAGAAAAAUCGAAGAGCUUCAAACUGGCGAGAGUGAGUUCAAGAAUCAAGAUAAAGCCAUUAGCGAUCAAGAGACAUCUCGAUCUGAAAAAGCAUCCCAUAGAUCUUCAAGAUCGGCAAGCACAAAGAGCCCGAAAAAAGGCAAGAAAAGUCAAAUUCUUUAUAGGAGCGAGAUGAAAGACUAUGAUAGAUCUAUCAACGAUCGUGUUAUUUCUCAACUCGAGAAAGUCUUCCAGAACACUACGAAGAAAUUUUCAAAAACGGGAAGUUCGAAAAAAGGCUCCGAGAAGAGCGAAUCAAAGAAGCAAAAUCGAUCGGCUGAUAACCGAGAGACGUCUCGAUCCUUCGACGAACCUGCUCAGCAUUCUUCAAGAACAUCUUCCAUGAAGAGCCCGAAGAUUCAAGAUCAAAAGACCGUGAGAUUGAAUGAUGACAAAGCGCAAGGACACGAAGCGACGAAAACGACGAAAAAUGCUGACAAUAGAACGAAAUGCGAUUUCAACGAGAUCAAGGAUGUGUACACGAGAAAGGUGCGGCGUUACAACAUGCCUCUUCAAGGCAGCUUAGAUUCGAUGAUUGUGUCUGAAGAAGCGUCUAUACAAAAACCGAAGAAAGACGACGCGUUCUCGAAGAAGUCGAAGAGCUACGAGUCGAUCAAGCGCAUUCAGGAAGUUUUCCUCGGCGUGCCGUCAUCGAAGGCGAACAGCAGCACGUCGCAACUCGAUAUCCCAGACGAGUUCUGCUCGAUCUGUUGCUAUAUGAAUGACAUUACCUUCCGGACGGAGGAAGAGGUGAGCAGUCCGAAUCAGGAGACGUUUUACACUCUCAGGUCGACCUGCAGCUCAUUGGCCGACGACGACGAGUCGAUCGAGUGCGAUAUAUGCGGCACGCUCAAUCUGCAGGAAUCCGCGGACGAUCUUCAAAGCAAGGUUGAAGAGAUUCCCUGCGAGCUCUGCAGAAUCUGCGGGGAGGUGGACGGCAGUUACGAUCAGGAUUCCGCUCUAUCGGCGGACAGGUACGGCGGCUUCAAGGUCGUCGAGCCGCAUCGCGACGACGACGAAAGUUUCGAGAUCGAGAACUGCGGUUUUCAGAGCGGUACUGAAUCGGCUGACGAUCGGGGUAAAAUCGCCGAGAAGGAGAAAGAUUCCGGAAGACCGAAGUCCCAGUCCCUUUUUAUUCACGGUUCUUCAAUGGUCAGAGACCAGCCGCGAGAAUUGUAUUUUAUUCCCAAAGAUGAAAUCGCCAUCCUAACAUGCGGGACCAGAAAAGUCGGUCGCAAGGGCUCCUUGUUCAGAAAGAAGGAGGAUUUCAACAGAAGUGUACGCGAUAACAGACGAUAUUCCUCAGUGGAUAGUCUGCAAGUGGCGAAAAUGUCUCCGAAGGCGGGCGACAAAGCGCUCAAGAUUACGAAAAACGCAACGCUAAUCGGAUCUGCCGAUAAUCUGCAGAUAUCGGAUGAUUCGACCAAGUCCAAGUCUCUGCAGAGAUCGGCUGAUGUCGGUCGCCUGAAUGUGUCGAGCGACAAUCUGACCCUGCCGGCGAAAAAUCUGAGUAAGGAGAGCGAAGCUGAAGAAUCGAGCCAGAAACCAAAUAUGCGAGACAAGGAGGAGGUGAAGAUGAUCCUCACACAGCACGGAAUCAAGAUUAUCAGCGAGAAAGAGACCGCUUUAUAAUCGAAACUAGACAAAUAUUCGUAAACGAUUCGUUUAUGCGAAACGAUCAAGUAUUUUGAGCGGCUAGAAUAUUAGAAUUUAUCUGAGAAAUUCGAUGUGCGAAUCAAAGGACACGUUAACGUCUCGUGCCAAGUAAUAUAUAUGUGUAGCGACAGUGUUUAUAGAAAGAAAAAUACGCGAACCGGAUGAAUAAAUAUUGAGAGAAAUGUGCGAAAUUUAUCUAUAGCGAUUUAGAGAGUCUAUGAAACAUAUAUAUGCAGAGCAGUAUAAAAAUUCAAGGAUACAUUGAACAAUGUAUUUGGUUAUUGCGAAAGUUUCAUCGCUUUUUAAAAACACGAGUACUUCUGCGCACAUAUAAUUACCUUGUUAAAGACCGAUAAAACUUUCCAAACGCGAAAUAACAUAAUUAUAUGCAAAUAUAUAUUAUAUAUGCCGAAUGAACAUGACAGUUAACAGAAUUUACAAAAUUAUUAAAAGCUUUUUUUAUUUUUGUGAAUUUUACUAACUAGUUAUAAAUUUUUGCUUAUUAUUCUGAAACAUUUUGCAUAAUUGAAUAUACUUUAUGACAUAUGUAUUUUCGACGAAAAAGUUGCGAGACAAAUUUUGGUAUUAAUUCAUUAAUCGAUUGACAUAUUUGUAAUUAAUUGACGAUCAAAGUGAAAAUCUUAACAGUCAUUUAACACAUAUAUUUAAUAAUUAAUUUAAGAAAAAAAAUGAGCGAAUUAAUUAUUACACAAAUAAUAAAGCGAAGCGUAAGUUCGCUAUUACGCUUUGGCAUCUCGGCUUUGCAUAAAUAUUUACGCCGUUACAGUAUUAUGUAAUUAUUGUGAUAGCUGUGUUAUAAUUAUUGUAA